GCGACGUAAUUUAGAGACGCUCCCCAACUACUUGCUGAACCUCAAAGGGAGUUCUCUCAAACCUGCACUAUGAAUCCAUUUCGGUUCAUCAACUGAUCAAACCUAUCCUGAUCCUAAAACUGAUCUUAAAUCUAUCACUAUUACAUAUCUUGUUUCAAAUCUAUGGUUUUGGAAUUAGUCUUGAUCAUAUCCAUGCCCUGAAGCUAAACCAAAACCUAUCCUGCUUCUGAAUCUGAACCCCGAAUCCAUCUCGGUCCAGGCACUGUUCUCGAUCAUUUCCCAGUAAUCAUGUUUACCGCUUCCCAAUCAUGGUCCUAAACCCAAUAAUGAACGAUACUAGCACUUAUUCUGAAUCUUUGCCGUUCCUGGAACUGAUUCCGAACUAAUAUCGGUCCUGGAAUAGAUUACGAAUCCAGCCCGAUCCAAGAACUGAUGCCGAGCCUUUUUAGGUCUUGUAAAUGAAUCCGAAUCCAUACCUGUCCGGGGAAUUGAUCCGUGUCCUGAAACUAUCCCGGAACUAACAUGGAAUCUAUCCUGCUCCUAAAUCACGAUCCUGAAACCUAUCAUAAACGUGAAAUUGCUUCCGUACUCAUAUUGGUCCUAGAAUAAAUUCUAAAUCUUUAUAAGUGUAAGAACUGACCGCAACAAUGUCCAUGUCCUGAAACUUACCCCAAAUCUACCACGAUCCUGGAAUUGAUUCCGAACCCAUCCCGGUUCAGGAGCCGACUCCUACCAUAUCCAUACUCUGAAACAUAAACAUACCCCACACCUAUCUUGGCCCCAAAACUCUGAUUAAGAUUCUGAACUUAUCUAAAACUCAUAUUGCUCCUGGUAUUGUUUCCGAAGUUGUCCCGGCCUUGGAACUGGAUGUGAACCUUUAUCAAUCCUAAAAUAGAUCAUCAACCUUUUCCUAUGGGCUGAUCUGGUGGUACGGUCGUCAACUCGUACGCCUUAAUAACAUGCCCAUCAUGGGUUCAAGCCCCCGAAUGGACAGUGUCCCCAUACGUAGGGCUGACUAUCCUGCUAUGGGGAGGAAUCAAUUAGUCACUGAAAGCCAAGCCCCAGUAGGAUUUUUACAGACAGGCCUUGACAGACAACGGUUGCUAUGCCAAAGAAGAAGAAGAAGAAGAAGAAAAAGAAGAAGAAUAAAAUCUGUUGUAAAAACACAAAUCCAUCAAUUUGUUCGUGGUAAUCUUGAUCUUAUCCCAUUUUCACUUCCUUUUUUUACAGCGCACCUUUCAACAACAAACACAGUGACACUGGGAAUGUUGGGAAUCCUUAGGAAUGUGCGCAGUGCGCACGCCCAUCCAAAAUGCAGCCGCACCGUUCCGCACCUCAUCACCUGUUGCACUUGUUGCAUGGAGAAUGCUCCGUCCGUCCACUCGGUCGGUCCAUUCCACGCGAGGACGUCAAUGUCACUGCGGCGCGGCCAGCGUAAUGUGCGAUUGUUGCCGUUCGUCGUCACAUGAUGCGGCUAUUUAUAAUCCACCGUGAAAGUAUUGAUCAAAUAAACGGGACGGGACCAUCACAUUCCUACCAACGGGGCAGUCGGACCGAACGAAAAUCAGAUCGGACCGUGUAAAAAGCGAAAGCUAAAGUUGCCACCAGCAGCCCCGGAAUAGCGAUGGAGCUAGCGGAUCUACCGAACGAGCUGCUGGAAAAAAUCUUCACCUUUCUGCCGGUGAACGAGCUCGUCAGCGUCGUUUCGCUCGUCUGCUCCGCCUGGUGUGAUGUAAUCCGAACGUUUGUGCUGCCCAAGCAGGGCCUACUGCACGUUCGCCCGGUGCAUCCCGUAACACAUCAGCUAAUUGCCAUGGAGACGGUCCUGAAGGAGCAAGCGGUGAAACCAUACCCCUGGACCAACCUGAAGCUAACCAUUCCCAACGGGGACCUACCCACCCGACCAGAGUUUAUGCGCUUCUUCAACCAGCAAGGACACUCGCUCAAAACGCUCACCAUCCAGUGUACCGAACUUACGGGGGACAUUCUUGCCGCGUUCCCCACGCUCUACCAUCUCGAAAGCCUCUGCAUCGUCAGCGAGUCGGAAUCGCUGUACGGGCCCGUGCCAGCGAACGUCGAGAUGGCCCUAACCUCCCUCAAAUCGCUCACCCGCCUCCGGCUGCAUCUGCCCUCGUACACCAUCCUGCGCAGUGUCGCCUUCCUGAGCGGCGCAAGGCUCGUGUCGCUAGCGCUCGAACGGUUCGAGAUGGAGCUACACCACCUGCGCCCCCUGCUGGACGAUCAUCAUCGCACGUUGCGCGAGCUGACGGUACGGGUGGAGGAGAUGAAACCACUGCUGACGCUGCUAAACUCCUACCCGUCGCUCCAGCUGCACCGGCUAAAUGUGAAGAGUGCCGGCAAUGAGGACGAUUUUUCCGACGCCCUAAUCCAGCUGUACGACCAGCAGCCGCAGCUCCGUGCGCUUACGAUCGGCUCGGAACUGUCCCUGCGGGCGGUUGACGCGCUGCCGCAGAAGCUGCUCCAUCUGCAGGAGCUGGAGCUGAUUGCGGAAAGCAUCAACAACUGUAAGGCACUGAGCGAGCUGCGGCAUCUGCGCCGGCUUACGCUGUGUCUGUACGAUGUCCGGGCCUGGGACGAAACGGUGCAGCUCGAGGGUGUGACGGAGCUUUCGCUCGCGGUAACAUUUCCACUCAUUUCACCGGCCAUAUUUUGCUCCUUUCCGUGCGUGGAUCGGCUGUAUCUGGAGGACGUGGACGACGAUACGCUGAUGCGCGACAUUGUGGUCGUGCGCACGCUGAUGGCGUGUAUGCGGCAGGUGCGCGUGCUCGAUCUGGAAAACUUUGUGUUUCGAGAGCGCGAAAUCCUGAACGAUGGUGUGGUGCGGUUUGAGGAGAUGGAGCGGCUGGAGUGCUUGAAGUAUAGCUGUCGGGAUAUGUCCGAUGCGUCGCUGCUGACGAUGAACCUGCCGGUGCUGAGGGAACUUUACCUCACGCACUGUCCGAAUGUUUCGUUCGAGGGUUUAUCGUACCUUGUGAGGAACUGUCCGCUUAUUGAGCGGUUGCAUCUCGAGUCGAACAAGCGUGGGUUAGAGGAUGAGGCGUUGGAGUUAAUUACACGCAAGCUGACCCAUCUGAGGAUGUUGGUGCUGGUGAACCUGCGGGCGCUGACGAACGUUUCGCUCGAUUCGAUCGUUAACAAUUGCUUCUAUCUGAUGGAGCUCACCAUAACGCACUGUGUUGGUAUUACGCUGGAAAAAGGAGCCGCCAUCGAGAAGCUUUCGGUUGUAAAAUCGUUGAAAAAUUUAAUUUACAGCUAAUUCAAGUGUUUAAUAUGUUGAGGAUAACUAAAUUGCCUUACAGCGUUUUCCAGGGUUGCUCAUGGCUGUGGGACACUUCCUUGACUCUUUCUUAUUGGAAGUGAACUUCAUAUGUUGGAAAUUCGACUCUGUGGUACCCUUUUUGGACAGGCUCAUUGGAAAUUCCUAUUGGAUUGGUCAAACAAGGGUGCUAAAGAAUCCAAUUCCCAUUACAAUAAGUUCAUUUCAUGGAAGAAAGAGUCAAAAAAGUUUCCCACAGCUGUGAGAACUCCUAGAAAAGCCUGUAAAAUGCUUGUGGAAGCUUUUGCGAAAUGCAUUGCUUAAAAAGCACGCGCCUUUUGCAAGUGAGCAAAUGAAGAAACACUCCUUAUUGCACAAAUAAACCGUCCAGCUAAAGGAAACGCUUAAACAAAUGCAAACCUGCGUUGCUAAAUUUCGACACUUUUGAGGCGAAAUUUGCCGGAAAAAUUGAACAGCAAAAAGGAACCUCAACCUCGACGAUGCUGCAAUUUCAAUAGAUAUAUUCUGUUUAUUAUCUGCAGUAUAUAUGCUAGUUGUCGACAAUACAAUACUUCCAUAAAUUGUGUUUACGGGCCGUUUUGUUUCUCUCCAUCUUCCCACCACGCUGUGUUCUUGCACUUUCCUAUUCCACGCGCCACUGAGCCUAAAACCGUAUCUUGCCACCAUCCAUCGCCACACACAUACAUACGGGGGGGGCGAUGGCGGGGCAUUCAAUAUGUAUGAUUUUGUGUACCAUCGUUUACUUUUGCCAUUUUUUGUUUUGGUUGUUGCCUGUUGUUGCAUUUUUACUGUUGCUGGAUGACAAUUUCCUAUCACUUGGUGGUUGUUGCUUCUUUAUUUUGUCUGCUUUUUGGUUGCGCGAAUGUCUUAGAAAACAACAUGAACAAAUCAGCGCUGCAAAUCUAACAAACUCCUCUCCAGCGUCUCCUUCUUCGGGAGACACGCACAAACACCAAUUGGGGAAAAAAAGCCGUCUAUAAAGUUGUACAAUAAUCAUCAAUCUCGUAUGUGGUUACACUCUAUUGUGUGGUUGUAGUUUUUGAAUUUUACAAAAAAAGGUGAAAAUGCUACCCAUUAACAAACUAGCAGUAAGUGUAAAAAAUUCUAUUCUUUUUUGUAUUUUCUUACACAAAAAACCUACAAACAACACACGACUGUGCUGAGCUAAUUUCGCCACACGUUUUUAACGACAAUAUAUAUAUAGUAUUCUCACCUCUCAGCUCUACUCACUAUUUGAACAUACUUCGCAAGGUAAAAGUAAAAGAAAUCGCUUUCCCCGGUAAUCAGCUACAUUGCAUACCCCAAUUUAAUAAUUGCAGAGCUAAACCGAGCUGCCAUCAAAGCUACGUGUGUAGCACAAUCGGUGUAGUAACUUACUUCGCUAGCAAACAAUGCGAGAUACGUUUUGGGGUGAAAUGUUUCAAUGGUGAUGAUGAUAUUUGCUGAACUAAUGCAAAAUAAAACCACAACAAACAAAGAACCACUUCUAAUGUGUAAAACGUUCGCCCCAAAAACAUUAACAAUGCACGUGCCCGAAGCAGUACAUUGUGGCCCUUUAAUUGUUAAAUGAAAUUCCGCUCAUCCAUUCCCUUUCGCGUGACGCUCAGACGAUCUUUCCCACUUAUGCAGCACAAGUACGUUAAAAUAAAAUCAUUUACAGCACACACACACACACGGACACGCGUUUGUAACGAAAAUUAGCCGUAAUUAAUUAUCACCUGUUUGCUUAUUUUCUAACAUUCCUACACACCUCCUUAUUAUUUCUUCGCCAUUUACCAGCAAUGAUGCGAAUAUUAAGCUUUCUCUCUUUUGUUUUAAAAAAUGGGACAAAACACGCACGCCUUUACGGCUGUGUGCUCCUCUGUAGUGAUGCUUUGCUUGUGGUUGUUUUGUUUUUUUUUUUUUCAAAUAAAAUUUGAUUCUACCUAGCAAUUUGCUGAGUAACCUUGCUGCGCAUACAUUUACAAAAAAAGGUUCCCUUUUCUCUCUUCUCGGUCACAACGGUUUCUCUCUAAACUUUAAAUCAUCCAUACCCCGCAACCCCCUUGCCCUAAGACACACACACACCUUAAGCACACCACGUCGAUAGCGUUCUAGUGUUGAGCGUAUAUAAGGGUUAACUUUAUCUAUAUAUAUAGAGAUGUAGAUGUGAGUCUAUGAAAGCUAUUUCUAUUACGACGGUCAACAUUGAAAACGGCAUCGUGAUUUUAAAAGCUGAUAUCUCAUAUCUUUACUAUUCCGUGGCUGGUGUGUCUGUGAUUGUUUGCUUAAUAAU